AUGGAUACUUUUACUGAACAUCAGAUUCGAUUAUUUCGACCUAUCAUAUUAUUUCACGAUCAUCCUUUCUCCUUUUCUCCUUCAUCUCCACAAGAUCAACGCCAUUCAUAUUAUUCAUCCAACAACAAUCUAUGUAACGAUCAGUUCCUUCCUUACUCUUCAAAAAUAAAUAAUGGAAUGGAUCACCAUUUGGAAACACACAAACAAAGGAUCAAUGAUAUGUUAAAGGUCAAUAACAAACGACGAAGAGGAAAUCUCCCAAAGCCUGUCACUGCCAUCCUCAAAAAAUGGCUAUUGGAACAUUGUAGAAAUCCUUAUCCUACCGAAGAAGAGAAGCUUCAACUCAAAAGUGAAACCCAUUUGACUUUGAAUCAAAUCAGUAAUUGGUUCAUCAAUGCUCGUCGUCGUACUCUUCCUGUCAUCUUGGCCAAAUUGAAUCAUCAUUAUCCUGGUAUCAAAGCAAGAAGACGAAGAAGAAGAAGACAAAGACAAGAUAAAAACAUCUCUGACCUGACGGAAGCAUGAAAAAAAG